GCGGCAAUGUCGUCCCAAGUGAGAGGACACCGGCCGGCCGGCGAUAACCCGUGGGUGUGCCCCAACGACCGGCAGCUGGCGCUCCGGGCCAAACUGAAGUCGGGCUGGUCGGUCAAGACCAGCAGCCUACAGCAAUACCGGAAGCCGGCACCGCUCAACGAGCGCGAGCAGCACGUCAUCGUCAACGUCAUUCAAAAGGCAGAGUCGUUCGAGAAAAAGGAACAGAUGAGGGUUGGAAAACUGGUGGAGCGGCUGGACAACAUGCGGCGACACGCAGUCGGUAACGGCGCCAGCACCUGCGUCCUCUGCGGCGAAAAGUUCGGCCUGCUCGCCAGCUCCAAGCUCAAGUGCAAGGACUGCCAUAAGGCGGUAUGCCACAAAUGCGUGGUGGACACAUCCUCCACCGCCGGCGAGCAGUGGCUGCUCUGUAAAAUCUGCGCCGAGACAAGGGAGGUGUGGAAAAAGUCCGGCGCCUGGUUCUUCAAAGGAAUGCCUCGUUACGUGAUGCCCGACCCGAAGCGGCCGCCGCUGGCGAAUGGAGCGGGUUCGCGGCGGCGCGCCGCCUCGGCCGAGAACCCCGGCUCACCGUCCGGCUCCACCCGCUCGGCCCGCUACAGCUGGGCCAAACACGUGCAGAAUAGCGCUAACGGUGAUCCCUCCAGCCCCGGCUCGGACGCACGGUCGGCGCCCCCGCUCUCCGGCCGCGCCAGUCCUGCCGUGGAGCGCCGCACCGGACCCCCGGACCGCACCACCAGCCUGGGGUCACAGCGCAGCUCCAGUCUGGGCUCGGAGAGGGGCGCUAGCGUGGAGUCGGGCCGCGGACCGAGUCUGGAGUCGGAUCGCGGAGUCAGCCCGGCGCGGACCGUCGACUCCAGCUCGGAGGAUGAGGACGCGCCACGGCGGUCGGCCGUGCGCCGGGUCACCACCUACGAGCGCGUACCUCCGCAGAUGGUCAGCCCAGCCGAGGAGCAGGCGGAGACGCGGCCGGAAACGACAACCAACGGCGACGCACCACAAGCUGACCGUACCGAGACGACUGUGAGGAGGAGCUGGUCCGGUCUGCCGGCACCCCACCGGACCAAACGGGGAUCACUGCCGGGCAGCGACGGGCCUACCGGCGACUGUUCGACGAGCCGGUCCUGCGUCGGUUCACCUCGGUCUACGGCCGCGCCGGGGGCGGGGGCGGGGGCGGGGGCGGGGGCGGCUGGUCGCAGGCGGGCCAGCAUCAGUGGUGGGCGGAGUGGACUCUACUGCUCUCCCAGCCACAGUUCCAGACACGGUGGGAGCGCCGGCACCGCCGAGUUCUCAGUCAUGGUCGACCCGGCGGUGGAAUCAAUACACUGUUGCGUCCACAGAGUACGGGGUUUGUGUCCGCUGGACGGAGAGAUUGUAAACGCCUACGUAAAACUGCAUCUGGUGCCUGGUUUGCAUAAGACGAACAAGCUUCGGACGCGAACGGUGUCGGGCUCCUCAGACGCCGAGUUUAACGAAACUCUCACCUACUGCAACGUUCACUCAGAUGUGGUGGCCAGCAGCACUCUGUGGGUGUCGGUACUCGAUGAGAACCCGAACGGCCACGACAUCCUGGGUGAGACGCUGGUGCGGCUGGCUGACAUCCCUCCGCACCGGCUGCACUUCUUCUGCAAACCCCUGCUCCCCAUAGGCAGCGGCGACUGCGACUCGUACCAGGGCCGGAUAUUGUUGUCUCUGAAGUACGUCACCACCCGGCGAGUCCUGGUGGUCGGCGUGGUCCGCUGUGUCGACCUGCCCGCCCCGGACGGCAAUGGAGUGCCCGACCCCUUCGUCAAAGUCCAACUGCGACCGGCGCCGGGUCAGUUCCGGACAGCCAUCUGCUGGAAAAGUCCCAACCCAAAGUUCAACGAGGAGUUCUGCUUCCGGUGCCGCCGCUCGGAGCUGCCCAGACACACCCUGGACCUACGCAUCUACGACAAAGAUAUCAGCAAAAGCAACGACUUCAUCGGCAGUCUCCAACUGAGCAUAGACUCGCACGGGGCGAGAUUACGUCAUUGGUUCGACGCCCUCAAUUACGUGGACACGCGGCACGACCGGUGGCAUGAGCUGAGCGCCACCCUUCCCGGUCCGCCGCCUUCCUGAGGCCGGGGGUCGAGUCGGAACUCAACCAGCGAGGACUGCCAAUCAUUCGACAGAAAACGAUCGUGUUUGCCAAACAAGUGCCGAUGUUCCCAGUUCCUUGAAGUGGUUGUUUUGCCUGGAACAGUAGCGUAGCAAUGAGUUUGAUGAAAUGGAAAUGAUUGAAAACCGGCUAACACAUGUUUAUGUCACGCUCUACCUAUACCUAUUUAUGUCAAACGCUUGAAUACCAACUUUAGCCUUGAGCUCACAUAAUUGAAAAUAUGUCAGCGAUUGGUCAGGCCAGGCAGACAUAGAACAUCGAACAGGAGCACACCGUAAACAUGCGGCACGGGCUGCCCUGCGUUCGGGAUCAGGCGCAGAACUAUUAAUCUUUCAUUGCUAUUUUCCCUGUGUUUCAAAAGUAGCCCCAAUAUGCGUGUACCUCAGAUAGGCUCGACACGUUAUCUCGAUUAUAAUGAGCAAUGGUAUGUGAAGACGCAAUUUCGACUGCAACGAUAAUGACAUGCUGUAGGUUAAUCGAUUCACGUUUGACUUCAUAUGAGUAUUAGCAUUCGGAAACAUGAGCUCAUGAAUCGUAUAUCUCUUGUGAGUCUUGUGACUCAUAAUUAACGAAGAAGUCACACCAAACCGUCAUCGAAUCCAUCUACCUGUUACCUAAUUAGGUACUAAUAGGACUCAGACCGCGAGUCCGAGGCCCGAGCUGUAUGUACCAUCUCUUCGUUGUGAUGCGAUGCUUAGCGAUUUGUAGGAUCAUACUUACAAACUUUGGCAUUUCUAAUCACGAAAACAUUCUCUCUGUGUGUGCAGCCUAUCUGAAUGUGGACGGAUAUCCUUGACAACGUAUCGCGCUGGCCGCUGCCGUGGUUGUUAGUUGCCGUUCCCAUGGCAACAUGCCAACAAGCAUAUCCGUUAUUGUGUGUUGAGUAGCUACGUGUUGUUACGUAUAUUUUAUACUCAUGUCGAGCGAUGGUGGAGGGAGCAGGCAGGUCAUUCCUGUGAAUCAAUACAUUUGGAUGUUGGCA